AACCCCAGCAACAGAAUGCCACCAGAAAGCGAUACUAUCGAAGCCCAAGUGCUAGAACAGAGGCAAGAGAGCCUAGGCCCAGAGGCUCAGAUCGACAGGGAAAUGGACAGAGAGGACCCCUACCCAGCCACUCCUACCCAGCAACCAGCCAGCCAAGAGAGCGUCUUUGAAAUCCCAAUCCUACCACCAAAAAAGCGCCAAGCCAACUUCUCGCCAGAGGCUGCCUAUAGAGGCAGAAACCCCUUCCAGAACUCCUCUACCCCAAAACCAACUGCCAAGAACUCGGAGCAGGCCAUCUACUAG